GCUCCGCCUGCCAUCCCUAGCCCUGCCCAGAGCCCCCCCACUGUUGUUGUCUCUCUGUAUGGCUGCAGCACCCUCAGACCGCAGGGGGGAUCUGGGCCGCGGGUGCCCCGGCGCUCUGCACACUCCCACUCGCUCCCGGCCCCGAAGAGCUUGCACCGCUCCUGGUUGCAGAGUGCAGCCGUCCCCAUGAUGUGCGAGACGGGACUAAUCUCCCCGGAGCCCUCCAGCCCGAUGCAGUACUACGGAGAGUCCUCCGACACCUACUACCAUGUUGAUCGCUGGCAGAAACUCCGGACGGCCGUCAGGAAGCUGGAGUUCUGGGAAAACUUCAAUGCUGAGCUGAUAGGCAGCGGCUUCUUCUCCAAGGUUUACAAGGUGACUCAGAGUGCGACCUGCAAAGUGAUGGUGGUGAAAAUCUACAAGAACGACGUGGACCAGGAGGUGAUAGUGCGCGAGAUUAGCUUGCUGCAGAAGCUCUCCCACCCAAACAUUGUCAGGUACCUUGGGAUCUGCGUGAAGGACGAGAAGCUGUACCCAAUUCUAGAGUACGUUAAUGGUGGGUGCCUGGAAGAGCUCCUGGCCAGCAAGGAGAUCACCCUCAGCUGGAAGGAGAAGGUGGACUUGGCUUCAGACAUUACCAGGGGGAUGAUCUACUUGCACUCCAAGAACAUCUACCACCGGGAUCUCAACUCCAAGAACUGCCUCAUUCGCGUGACCCAGCGGGGCCGGGAAGCCUUGGUGACGGAUUUUGGUCUGGCCAGAGAGGUGGUGGAGCUGCCCAUGAAGAACCCGGAGAGGAAGCUGUCCCUGGUGGGCUCCGCCUUCUGGAUGGCCCCUGAAAUGCUGCGGGGGGAGCCGUACGACAGGAAGGUUGAUGUGUUCUCAUUUGGCAUAGUUCUGUGUGAAAUACUGGGCAGAAUCCCCGCCGACCCGGAAGUGCUUCCCAGAACGCAGGAUUAUGGCCUGGACGUUGCAGCUUUCCAAGGAAUGAUCAGUGAAUGUCCCAAGCAGGUUUUGGACCUAGCCGCUAGUUGCUGUCGGGUGGAAGCAUUCAAGAGGCCCUCUUUCUCUGAGCUGCUGGAUGAACUGGAAGAUGUAGCAGAGAGUUUGGAGGCUCUAAAGGACAAUCAGCUGUCUGGAUGAUUGCCCAGGCUCUUCUGAGCCCGGAUGGAGUCAGACUCAAUCUGUAAAUUAUCUGUACAUCAGAAAAGGCGAGAGGAGAAAGAGUGCAAGGGUGAAAAAGCAAAGUAAUGCCCUGGUAUUUAUUUAAUUGUAUUCUCAUUCUCACAUAGAAAGUGUGGCUUGAAAAAAUACAAAGGUGGACUUUCCAAGGGUUUUUUUCUAGUUGAGGUUUUUAACAGAAAUAAUUCCAACACUGAGCAGUCUUUGCUUGGUUGUUUUUGUUUUUUAAAGAAGAAGAUACUAAUUUCUGAUGUAAAUACAGAAGGUGAAAGAUUCUGGAGGGGAUGCUUGAUGACUGAAUCUCAGCUGGGGAUGCUCUCUGAAGCCCAGGAUAGAAGUGUGGCUCCCCCCGCCAUAGUCCUACCUGGGUCUCAGCCCUCCAGCCUUCAUCGGAGCCAUCUCUGGAGGCUGUGGAUUUGGCACUGUAUAAAGGGGAAGUGGUGGCAUGGCAGAUAGUGAGCCAGUAAAGUCGUCUUACAAUACAUAGCCUUAAAACUGUCCUCCAGUAGCCUUGAGAGGAGAGUACGUUCUGUAAUGUCUCUGGUCAUGUGACCUUCCUAGAAACCGGCCAGCAUCCAAGCACACUUGUUGUGCUCAGAGCAUUUUGGGGGGUUUGUGUAGACAGAGGGUGAUGGUUUGGGAAUCCUGAUUGGCUGCUGAGGAAGUUAAAAUUGCCUGUUUGUGGAAUAUUCCACUGAGACGGGAGUAUUUGCUUUAAAAAAAUAUAAACGAAUGAACCAAUAUAUACCUUUGGAAAAGCUGCAUCAGGGAUGCUUGCUGUGUCACAGGCGUGUCCGUGCCAACAGAGAAGUGCUUGCCAUGUUACAAGCGUGCCCAUACCAACAGAGGUGCUCACCAUGUUAUAGGUGUGUCCAUACCAUCAGAGGGUCUUUGUCUGGUACAGGUGUGUCCUAGCUUUCUUACAGCAGAUGCUAGACUGUCUGGGUUUAUUCCCAUGGCUCUCACACCCAAGACUCUCGUGACAGGGUUGCACACCGUACAAAUACAUCCCAACAAGCUCUGAGGCAGGUCUGUCAGGGGGUUGCUAAUCACUGGUUAGGGGCCAUGAUUGGCAAGCAGGCAGGAUAACGCUGACUACCUCCACCCUGGGGAGAUCCCUGUGAGUUCCUGGCUGUGUUCGCGUCUUGAUACCCCUUGUCGUGGUGGGCACUGGGGCAUGCACUCCAUGAUGCAGGCAGUCAGGACAGGGUGUAUUGGGGUUGGCAGCCCUGGCCUUCGCUGAUUUGGGAUCUGCUUCAGGUCAUAUUCUACUGCAUCACUGUUCUGGGUCCAUCCCCAGCUGCCCUCUCCGGGGGGGGAUGCGCUCCCCGAGAGGCAGGUUCAGACUGUGGUACCGUAAUACCCACCUUAUGAUUCUGCCUUAUCUUAUUAAAGACUAACCACUCCCUGAAAGGAAACCCUAGCUUAUCAGUGCACCUAAGCAAGUGUCCUGAACCUUGCUAAUGGGAUCCCAUCAUCAGGUUCAUGUAGACCCAGCACUUCGGGCUCUCUCUCAUCUCUGCCAAGCCACCCUCCCAUAGCAGUUUCUGAACUAACGCUGCCAGGCAGAUGUGUUGUCCGGGGGACUGACAGUGCCAGCGCAAGGCUGGAGACAGAGGCGCGCUUUGCAGAGCUGCAGGACAAGAGUCGUCUUUGUUGGACCCCAUUGAUUUGUUAAUCGGAGAUGGGGAGGCUUUGAUCCGAGAAGUCAGGCCACAGCAAAACAGCUUAUUCCCACCUGAAGUGAAGGAGGAAUUGCACAGGCUCAAGUCCUGAGGCAUUGUGGGGAUGCCUGAGCAUCUGAUUUAUGGUCUCCGGAGGAGAAAUGAGGAAUGUGUCACUCACCUACCCCCUUUGCAAAGCCAUUUCCUCAUGGGUGGGUGUUUGUGUGUGAUGACACUGACCCACCUCACAGGGUGUGGUGACCUUGAAUCAAAGGGCUAAUGUGCUUUGCAGAUGCUAAGGUCUAAGUGUUAUAUUUUCUUCGGAUCCAGCAGAAAGAGGUUAAAUACAGUUAGGGAAAUAGUUGGAGGAGAUGGGGUGGGCUGAGAUGGGAGGGAUUCCAAAUUAGAGGCAGGAAGGGGAGGGGUUAAUUAGAGUUAACUAGCAAUAGCAGAAACCCUUUUCUAGUGUAAACUUGAAAAAAAAAAAAAAACAAGUGAUAAAUCCAGCAUCUGACUUGUUCUGGGCUUCUCCUAACACAUGGUAGGGUCUUGUAUACGAAUGAUUUCUCAGCAGCAGGGCCAGCUCCACCACUAGUUUAAAGUGGUGUACUUCCAUUGAAUUUCAUGAAGUUGCACCAGGUUACUCUGGCUGAAGCUCCUGCCCCUAAGUUGUAGCUCUUCGGGGCAGGGCUUGUCUGUACAGUAAGGCUGAACACAAGAGGAUCUCAGUCCUGCAUGGAGCCCGUAGGCGCAGCUGUCACACAAAUGAUGAAGCGUAAGUGGGGACCAAUUCACACACUGCGGUGAUGUGAUGUAACCUGACGCACAGCCAUUUCUUAUUGUCUAUUUCACACUUGGUAAAUGUCCUGACAAGUGUUUUCAGAUGUUCCUUGGCUCUGGCUGGUCCAUGAAGCCUGUAACAAUGCAGCACCUCGAAUACAGAGACUUCGAAUGCUGGUGGAUUCUGUGUCCUGCAAAAUACAAACAACUGUGUGGGGAAAUGGCACUGACAUCUGUGCAAGUGAAUGUCUGCAGUAAUAAGGGACAGCAUUGUAAUGGUUUUGCAUUCUCUCAAGGGACUGCAAGGGUUUGGAAGUCUGCAAGAAAUAUACUCAAUGCAGCAAAGAUGCAUCUUACAGUGAGAGAUUUACUAGUUCAAACAUGUUUCUGGAAGAUUAUUUGUUGCUCCAUUUUCCUCUGUAUCGCUGCUAUGCUUUUUGUCAUUUGCUGAUGAGUUUAUACACAAAGGACUUCUUGCUUAAGAGUUACAAUAUGCUCAGCAAAUAUGGAUUUCUGUGCAACGGGCUCCGAGGAGCAGAGUCUUAAGGAGCAGCAAGGUGAGAUUCCCUAAUUAUUCUGCCCACGAAGGAGACGGUGGCUAUUUGACUCGCUUCCCAAUUUGGAGUCUCUGUACCAGCUGAGUGGAAGUUACAGGAGCUUGUGUUUUACUGCCUGGCAGUACAAACACCAUUGAUAUGCACUGUGUAUCGUCAGUGUGAGCCAAGCACCACCUGCGUCAUGGCAAAGUGCAGGGUGGUAGAAGGCAAAUAGCUAGGUUUGCAUUGAACUAUUAAAAGGAUGCAUGGUGGGAAAGGAGGAGACCUGCUGAGGAAUCCCCCUGCCCUCUUCAAAGCAGCUAGGCUGUACAAUCAGCUGUUGUGGGGAGCAUGGGAUGUACCUCUUAAUCUUUUGAGGGCCAAGUAUGGUGACAUUGUGGAGCAAGACCCACGGCCCAAUCCAGAAUCUAUGUUCAACUCCCAUUGGCUCAGCGGGAGCUGGAGUGGACCCUAAAUGAGGGACAUAAGGUAUGUCAUAACGUGGAGAGCCCUGAAUGAUAUAGGGCCUGAUCCAAAGCAAGUAAAGUCAUUGGAUCAGAGUCCCUUGAAACAUGGGAUUGGAAGGGGCCUCCUGGGUCAUGGUGUCCAGUCCCCUGCUUUGUAGGCCACCCCACUGUAUCAUCCCCAUCAAGAACUUACCCAGCUCCAUCUAAAACCAGUUAGGUUGUUUGCCCCACACUGCUUCUGUUGGGAGGCUGUGCCACAGCCUCGCUCCUCUGAUGGGCAGAAACCUUCUUCUGACCGCCAGCCUAAAUAUGCUCCUGGAUAGUUCACCCCCAUUUGUUCUUGAGCCAAAAUUGUUCUGUAGCUUCGGUAGCUCUUCUCCCUCCCUGGGAUUUCCCCCUCUCCUCUCCCCAUGUGUUAAUUGACUUCAGUGGGCUGUGGUUAAGGCCCUCUAUUGCUUUAAUAACAUUAGCAGAGACCAUCCCCCUUUGCCUCCUCUCCACAGCAUCUGGAAUGCCAGCUGCGUGAGCCCACUCCUCUGUUGCAAAUACUGAACAAUAACAGAGGAAUCCAAUUUGGCAUGGAAGGCAGGCACAUGUGGGGCUAAAACGAGGUAGGGCCCUGCUCAUAGGGAGUGCUGCAGGGCAUAGGCACAGGCCUGCUUCUGAAGUACAAGUUGCAGUUUUCAAAGGCCGUUGUGGGAUUCAGUGCCCAAGUUCCAUUGAAUUCCGGACUGGAUGGAGUUCGGAGGCCCAGCUCCAUAGACUGGACAGAUCUGGAGCAGAGCAGGAUGUGGGUUGCUUUGUAUUAUUUGGCUUGGCUUGGCUGAAUGGGUAGUGCUAGUGAUGAGUGGUCUCUGCAGGAGAGCUAGCUGGAUUCUCACGCCUCUAACCUCAUCUCCCAGGACAACCUCCUUGGUGCAUGAAGAAUGAUCCUCUAGCAAUAGGUGUGUCCCAUCUAAGACAGUCUACUCCUUCAGUCCUUCCAAUUGCCAUAUGACUGGCUUCUCUGUAGAGGGCUGGAGCAGUCGUUUGUGAGGUGAGCCCACUCUCCAGUUAUUUACUGCAACCCCAACCAAUCCCAGCAACCCCUCACCCAAGGGUCUGAUCACAGUGAAAGUUACAAAGUAGAACAUAAUUGCAAAGUGAAUGGAAACUUUGUUGAAGGUCUAAUAAAGUACUGUUGACUGCUUUUAAUUGUAUUGUUCUGAUCAGUAGCAUCUUUUCAUGGAUGCCUGGAAAGGAAGUACAUUGGUUAAAGGGAUAUGUUUUGUACACACUCAGGCUGUACAAAGCAGAGGUGUCCAGCUGGUGUCAUUGGGAGCGUUAACCGGACAGAUGUGUAGCUGAGUGCAGUAUGCUAGGCCUGUCUUUGGCUAGGAGUGGAUAAUGGUACUCAUUUAGUUCUGGAGAGCUGAAUGAGGGAGACGUUGAUGCCAGUCAGGUCCUUUCUAGAGAGCAGGGGUGAAAUUGUGGCUCCACUGAAGUCAGUGGGAGUUUUGCCAUUGCCUUCAACAGAGCCAGGGUUUCUCCCCAGAUGUAUAAAGAGUUCAAGUUAGAGAUGAGCCAAAGCAAACACCCUGGGGAAUUUCCACCCCAGAUGUGAAGAGCAUUGCUGGGAUCUGUCUCUAGGAAGCUGGCUUUGUUCCCCCAUCCUGCUCUUUGGGAACGUCCAGCUCAAUAUUUGAACUUCCCAGCUCAGAGCCCUGCCUCUGAAAUCAGGGAGUCACGAUGCUGGGGAUCUGCGUAGCUCUGCUGUUGUCCUCCAGGUUGCAUUACUCACCUCCCAGUCACAGUUAAUCACAGGCUCAGCACAUCUGUUCCCUAGCAGGAGCCCACUCCUCCAGCUCCCUUUCUCUCUACUCUGACAGACUCUCCACUCCACAGAAGCGAGCGAGGGUACAGACCAUGGUGUAUGUAUAGUAUCCAACAGGACAGUGUGUUUCUAUCACA